GUCACAUUCGCGAGUUACGUUCCAUACCGCGACCGGCCGCGCACCUUUCGCCGCACGCCGUUAACACUGGCUAAAUAGAAAAAAAAAUACAUUUCGAAUUUCGAACAAAACAUAACAAGCUCGGUUUAAAAAAAAAUCAAGAGCGAUUUUUGAUAACCCAUUUUAUUUAGUUUAAAUAUUUUUUAUUAAUUAAAAAUAAUUUUGUGUUUGUGAAAAUGGUUCGCAAAAUCAGUGGACUUCUGUGUUGCCUCUGCGUUUUCGGUAUUUCGUUAAGUGACAGCGCUAUAUCAGCUGAUUCUGAGUCAAGAUGCCGCAACCCGCCUACAGCGCCACAGAAGAUAGAGCGGGUGAUCACUCUGUGUCAGGAUGAAAUAAAACUGUCGAUACUCAGAGAGGCGUUGGACGUGAUCAAAGAAGAACACACGAUGCCUGCACAGAGACGGCGUGACAAGAGAGAGGUGCCUUUCACGCACGAUGAGAAGAGAAUUGCUGGGUGUCUGCUGCAGUGUGUGUACCGGAAAGUGAAAGCUGUGGACGGCUACGGUUUCCCGACCCUGGAAGGUCUGGUGGGCCUGUACUCGGACGGCGUGAACGAGCGCGGCUACUUCAUGGCGGUCCUGGAAGCCUCACGCGAGUGCCUCAUGAAGAACCACGACAAAUUCUCCAGGACUGUUCCUAUGGACAACGGUCGUAACUGCGAUGUCUCCUUCGACAUAUUCGAGUGUAUCUCGGACCGUAUCGGCGAAUACUGUGGAACCUCCGGCCUCUAACCGAAUAACUACUAAAUGUCCUAAUUAAACUGUCGAUGUAGGUUUAGCUAAUUAAUUAACAGAUGCAAUAAUAUUUUUAAAUGUUUUUUUUUCGUAUUCUUUUUCGUUCAUGUCUAUUGGACUUGGUCUAUCACUGCCAUGUUUAUUAUAUUUUUAAAUGAUUUCGAUUUAAACAUUAUAGCUGUCCAGAUUUUUGUAAAAUUUAAUGUAAAUCUUUUUAUUUUUUAUUUGAAUGUAUAGUCUAGUUCCUUCUAUAUUUGCGAAAAAAAAUGUCUUCAAUAUAAUAUAUUAUAAAUACAAUCCUACAUAAGUUACCAACCCGAGACAAACCAUUAGAAUAAGUUUAUGUACAUAGAGUUAUUAACUAAACUAAAAUGUGAUGCUCAAUAAUUUUAGCUGUAAGGUAGCUCCAUAGAUUUUUCAAAGAACACUUUCUAUAUAGCACAGUGACUACUAUUGAGUAGUUAUGAUUUUUAUAUUUUUAUUGCAAGAAUUAUCUUUACAAUUUUAAAAAAUAAUUUCAAGAAACUCAAAUGUGUAUCUACUUUACGUCUUAAAUUAGCUGAUCCUUAACGAACUGAUAGAUUUAACAUAGCUUUAAGUUUUAUAUAAUAAAGUUCUGUAUAUAUCUA